GGCGUUUCUGUUUUAGACCCGUGUUUAACAAAUCAAGUAGUUAAUAUACAUAUGAAGCUAUUUAUAUAUAAAACGGACGCGGUUGGCGGUUCAUGUGAAUCUGUAAAAUGUUUAUUUACAAUGAGCUCAUCAGUUAAACAUAAAACCCCAUCGAUCAUAAUCAUGCAGGGGUUUAAAACAUUUACAUGUUAACUUAUCUGUAUUUACUCUAUCUAUUAAUACUGCUGUAUAUCUGAAUGAUGAUGAUAUUUUGGGGGAAACAUUUAACAUUCUUCUUAAAUCCUAUCCCUGUUAUUGGUUAUUAUGGUUGAAUGUUCAUUACUGUGUUUGGUUAAAUAGAUCUUUUAACUAUGAUUUCUAUUAAUCUAUGAUGGUCUCAUAGGUAUGGCUUUGUAUCCAAAAGCUCUACUGAAGGUAGAGCAUAUUUAUUUUGUGGGGUGUCAGGAAAGGCUUGUUGAGGUUGAUGAUGAGGAUCGGCUGAUGAAGAACACUGAUGUAACUUGAGAGAUUAGAGAGGAUGAUGGGAUCAAAAAGACAAGUAGUGCCGCAAGGGUCGGCCGGUAUCUGUAUGUUUCGAAAGAUGUCUCUGGUGGAUUUGGGAAAAAAGCUCUUGGAAGCAGCUCGUGCCGGUCAGGACGACGAGGUUCGGAUACUGAUGGCCAAUGGAGCGCCCUUCACCACCGACUGGCUGGGGACGUCUCCGUUGCACCUGUCGGCGCAGUUCGGUCAUUUCUCCACCACGGAGGUUCUGCUGCGGGCCGGGGUCAGCAGAGAUGCCCGCACCAAAGUGGACCGAACGCCCCUGCACAUGGCUUCGUCCGAAGGUCACGCUAGCAUCGUGGAGCUGCUGCUGAAGCACGGCGCUGAUGUGAACGCUAAGGACAUGCUGCAGAUGAGCGCCCUGCACUGGGCCGUGGAGCACAGCCACAGAGACGUGGCGGAGAUUCUGCUGCGCUUCGGCGCCGACGUCCACGCGCAGAGUAAAUUCUGUAAGAACGCGCUGGACAUCGCCCUGGACAAAGGCUGUCAUGAGCUCACUGAAAUCCUGCAGGUGGCGAUGCGGAACCAGAUCAACACAAACCCCGACACGAAUCCAGACAUGCUGAGCGUUCACACGGCCACGCCGCAGUUCAUCAUCGGUCCCGGAGGCGUGGUCAACCUGGCCGGACUCGUCUCACCUGGAAACGCCAGCAGAUCCACAGUCGUAGCCGCAGAGGAGGUGAUAACGGCGGACACGGUCGAUGGGGCCAUUCGACAGGUCGUAAGCUCUGGAGGUCAGCAGGUCAUUACCAUAGUAACAGAUGGCAUUCAGCUGGGCAACCUGCAGACUGGUACAGGCAUCAGCCAGCCCAUAAUAGUUACCAUGCCCGAUGGGCAGCAGGUAUUAACGGUGUCGGACACGGAGGUCGCGGAGGAAACGGUGAUCAGCGAUGAGCCGAUUAUUAAACGGCAGCGCGUGAAGGAAGAAGACGACGAUGAGAUGACCGAUGCACAUGACGUCCAAUUUCAGAAAACCAUCUCGCUGGACGACUUUCAGGAGAAAGUGGCUCUGCUAAAGCAGCUGGAAGAAGCGAAUCGUGAAGCUCAGAGAUACAGACAACAGUUCCUGAAGAAAGAACAGGAGGCUGAAAUUUACAGACAGAAACUGGAGGCCAUCACACGAAAGAAAGCACUGUGACUCACACACACACACACACACACACACAAACGCAGACACACACAGACACUCUCUCUUCCUCUAUCUCUCUCUUUUCCUCACAAACACACUGUCUGUCAUGUAACACUAAACAUCAACUUUAUAUUUGUUUAGAUUUUGUGUUCUGAUCAUUUGUGUGUCAUCUCAGGGAAUUUUACAGUUGUGGUUUUUAAGUCUUGGAAAGUUGUGUGUAUUUUCUAUAAUCAGUAUAAUGUUAUACUGUAAAGUAUGAUGUGUUUUGAAUAAGAGACAUCUGAUCAUUUCAUCAUCAGUGAUCUACAGAUGAUUUUAUUGUGUAAAACUUUCUUUCUGCUCUGAUGUUUAAAGAUUCUUGAUACUUUAAAUCUGCUUUAUUUGCUAGAAAUCAGAAGAUGAUCCUAAAGUCUGAGUUGUUAUUUAUGGGAUGAGCAUCGUGCAGGUUUAAUAGUCAACUCAAGUGAACGUCUCAAUAUUCAGAUCUUUACCAGAACAUUUCAGGUUUUUCUAACACAGCAGUAAGAUGUUUGUGACAUGUUUUCUCUUUUUUUUUCAUAGUCAUAAAUAUUUUUUUCCAAAAAGGUAAAAUUGUCAUAUUUAUUUUCAGAAGGAACAGACACGUGAUCAUAGGCAAAUAAAACCAUUGAUGAUUUGUUAUCUGAUCACUGAAGAGGGUUCUUGCAUCUGCGCAUGUGCGUGUCUGUAUGUGUGUGUGUGUGUGUGUGU